GAACAAAACGAAAUCCAAAAAACUGGUGAUUACAGUGAUAAAAACCAAGAAAAAGCUUUAUCUCGCCACAAUUUUUUAAAAUAUCGACCAGUCUAGUAUUUUUUUCACCAUGAGGUUGGCACGAAUACUCCGUUCUUGGUCACUAGCUCGAUCUGCUAACCUCGAAAAAAACCGACGAAACGUAAUUUUCUGCAAUAAAAUAAAAACUCGUUCGUUAGCAGACUCGGCCAUAACGCACGCAGAAAUUAUGGCAAACGUCGGAAAACCGGUGCCCCGUGUCUACAGUAAAAGCAACGACAAAAGUCAAGAUGAGAAACUGCUGCAGCCGUUUACGUACAUUUUGCAAAAUCCGGGCAAAAAUAUACGUUUUAAGCUGGCUCAGGCGUUCAAUCACUGGCUUAAUAUUCCAGAAGACAAGUUAAAGAUGAUCGGAGAAAUUGUUGAAAUGAUGCACAAUUCCAGCCUUCUUCUGGAUGACAUCCAGGACAAUUCUAUACUGCGCAGGGGGAUUCCAGUGGCCCAUUCAAUCUAUGGGGUCCCUAGUACCAUAAACGCAGCCAACUAUAUUCUGUUUAUUGCGCUGGAAAGGUUGCUGGAUUUGGAGCAUCCGGACGCUGUGCGUGUUUAUACUGAACAAGUUUUAGAAUUACACAGGGGCCAAGGCAUGGAAAUUUAUUGGAGGGAUAGUUUCACGUGCCCUAGCGAAAAUGAGUACAAGCAAAUGACAAUUAGAAAAACUGGAGGCCUUUUCAUGUUAGCAAUAAGACUAAUGCAGCUGUUUAGUGAAAACAAAGCUGACUAUACUAAGCUCACUGGCAUUCUAGGACUGUAUUUUCAAAUUCGCGAUGAUUAUUUAAAUUUGUAUUCCAAAGAUUAUAUGUUGCAUAAGAGUUUCUGUGAAGACCUCACAGAGGGAAAAUUCAGUUUUCCCAUUAUUCACGCCAUUCACAGCCAGCCUGAUGAUAAUCAAGUAAUGCAUAUUUUGCGUCAGAGAACGAAGGAUAUCGAGGUGAAAAAGUACUGCGUGGUGUUGUUAGAAAAAUACGGAAGUUUUGAUUAUACCAAAAAGGUGUUAGCUGAGUUGAAGAGGCAGGCUCAAGAUGAAGUUAAUAAGUUAGGCGAGAAUCCGUAUAUGGCAGAUGUGAUGGAGCACAUUUUCAAGCUAGAUUAAUGAAUGUAUAGGUUUUUUGAUAAGUUGGUUUUUAUUUAUAUUUAGAAAAGUGUGUGUUUCGGAGUUUAUGGCAUUUAUUGUGAAGAUUUCAUUUUUAUUUAUUGUGAUAUAUAUUUAAGUUGCUUUCUAUUAAAGUUUUUUGCAAGGAAAA